AUGGCCACCACCAAAUACUCAUCUUCGCCCCGGCGACUCCGAGGGUUUUGCGGUAACUGCGGGAGUCCGUUGAUAUGGCGAUCUGAAGAUAAAACAGAUACUUUGGAUCUUUAUCUCGGGACUAUAGAUGAACGAUGGUUGGUUGGGGAAAAGGUGGAAGGUUCGGAGAAGAGGACUAAACAUGGUGUUACUGUUGAAAGGGUUGGGUCUCUUGGAAAGGAGUUGUGCACUCCAUCCGAGUUCCAAUUUUAUUGCGAGAAUGCCAUUCCUGGUAUCACUGAUUUGGUUCCGGGUGGUCGGAAAUUCCUGGUAGAGAAUGUGGACGGCGUGGAAGAGCUACCAAGUUGA